AUGGGCGGCUUGCUCUCCGACGAUACCCACCCUCAGCCUUCACCACCGACCCUCGCCAUGCCCGCACCGCCCGCCGUCGACCCGGCCGCCGCGCCCCUCGUCGUCAAGGUCGUCCCCCAGGAGCACUCUGCGUCGCGCCGCCUCCCGCAAGAGCUCGUGUCGCUCAUCCUCGAGUACACCGAGGACUGGGAACUCGCCCACGCCCUCGGCGUCCGCACCGCCCUCCCCGAACCCGCCCCGUGGCAAGAGUUCGCAACCCCGCUCGACCGCGCCAUCCUCCGCGCCGCCACCACCGCCUCGCUCGUCCCCGUCGAGUACGCCCGACUCGCCGAGGGGCACAAGACGCUCACCCAGUUCGGCGCGAGGGUCAUGCUCCGCCUCAGCCUCGUCGACGUCCUCGACUACUUCCUGCGCGAGGACGAGCACCAGCUCCGCGUCCAGUGCCAGGACCUCCUCCCCGUCGUCGCGAGCGCCUGGGGCCGCCUCGACGUCCUCGAAUGGGCCAAGAACUCGCGCUUCGGCCUGUCGCCCUCGCCAAAGACGACCGCUGAGGCCAUCGACGAGGCGUCCCGUCACGGUCAAGUCCAGAUGCUCGACUUCUGGCUCGAGUCCGGCGUCCCUCUUCAUUACUCGGACGCGGCGCUCCUCUCGGCCACGUUCAAGCGUCAGAUCGGCUCGCUCGAGUGGUGGAAGAACAGCGCACUCCCGCUCAAGAUCGGCAACGUCCUCGACUUUGCCUCGAUGGAGGGCUCGACCGUGUGCCUCGACUGGUGGGCGGCGUCGGGCCUCCCCGUGCGCUACUCCAAGGUCGCCCUGCACCACAUCUCCAAGACGGGCAACAUUGCGCUCCUCGACUGGUGGCGCGCGCACGCCAACCGGUUCGCGCUCGCGUACGACAAGGAGGUGCUCGUCGUCGCGACCCAGUUUGGCCAGGUCGCCGCGCUCGAGUGGUGGGCCGCGAGCGGGCUCGACAUCGAGUACCGCUUCUUCGAGGUCGAGGAGGCGCUCGAGGACAGCGUCGCCAACAAGGAGGAGACGCAGAAGUGGUGGGAGCGCCGCGGGUACGACAACAACCUGUCGACCAACGCGUGGAUGAAGGUCCGCAACCUUAACGACCGCGCCUCGCCCGUCUGAGGCUCUCUCUCUCUCGUACAUAGCGCACUAUCUCUCAUACCCUGUCUCUACUCGUUCAUCGCCCACCUCUCCCUUUGUCGUACCCCUUCUUCCCCUCCCUUGUUGCUCGGUCCCCCUCUCUCCCCUCGUCUGUCUCUCCCUCCUCCUCUUGUUCCUCUCGACUCUCUCACUCUGUCAUCUCGCAACGUCGGUGUCUUUCAUUUCA